AAUCCAUUUCCACAGUACUCUCUCUCUCUCUCUCUUUGUGUGUCCAAUGCGUGUGUGAGUGAGCAUUAAAAGAAUGAACACGGAAACACAAAAACUUGGAAAUGAAACAUUGAAAGAGCAAAGUAGAGUCUUGCCCCACAUCCAGCUAAUCACUCCUCCAGAUAUUUAUUACACACCUUUUCUCUUUCAAACAACCAAAAAAUAAUUGCAUAAUUUGCUUUCUUUUUUGUCAAAAACGUAACUACCAACCAAUCUUCAUUCAUGAUCACAUCUUUUCCUUCUUCAUCUCCCAACGGUUACUUUUUGCUUUCUCUCUUUCAAUGAUCCCAUUAACCCGCUCUUUCCAUUUCCAUUCCUAUAUGCUUAUUCUCCUCCACUCCUAAAUAUACCUUCUUUUCACAGUUUCACUCACUCACUCAGUCACGCUUUUGAGAGAGAGAGAGAGAGAGAGAGUUCUGGCAUAAACUGAGAGAAAAAAGAGCUUGUUAGAGAGAGACCAGAUGGAGUUUAGUUCCUUUUUGACGUCCUUAGGGACAUCCUUUUUGAUAUUCAUAGUUUUGAUGUUGUUGUUUGCAUGGUUGUCGAGUAAGCCUGGGAACAGCGUGAUUUACUACCCGAAUCGGAUCUUGAAGAGUUUGGAUCCGAAUGAAGGCGGGUCCAGGACCCGGAACCCGUUUUCGUGGAUCCAUGAGGCCAUGUCCUCAACGGAACAGGACGUUAUCUCCGCCUCAGGAUAUGACACUGCUGUCUACUUUGUGUUCUUGAGCACUGUGUUGGGAAUCUUGGUUUUAUCUGGCUUAGUGCUGCUGCCAGUUCUUCUACCAGUUGCUGCCACUGACGAUGGUGUAAAGACUGCCUCAACCACAAGCAAUGGGACUUUUAAUGACCUUGACAAGUUAGCCAUGGGAAAUGUUAAGGAGAAGAGUUCUCGCUUGUGGGCAUUCCUGUUAGCCACUUAUUGGGUUUCAUUUGUCACAUAUUUCCUGCUAUGGAAGGCUUAUAAGCAUGUCUCUGGACUGAGAGCUGAUGCUCUUAUGUCUCCUGAAGUGAGAGCAGAACAAUUUGCCAUUCUUGUUAGAGACAUACCUCCAGUCCCUGAAGGUCAAACAAGAAAAGAACAGGUUGAUUCAUACUUUAAAAGGAUCUAUCCCGAGUCGUUUUACAGAUCAAUGGUGGUGACAGACAACAAAGUGGUGAACAAACUUUGGGAAGAAUUAGAAGGGUACAAGAAGAAGCUUGCCCGUGCUGAAGCAGUAUAUGCGCAGUCAAAAAAAACUGGCAAACCAGAAGGAGCAAGGCCCACUAAUAAAAUUGGCUUCCUUGGUCUGAUUGGUAAAAAAGUUGAUAGCAUAGAGUACUAUAAUGAGAAGAUUACUGAAGUAACCCCAAAACUGGAAUCGGAACAAAAAGACACUCUCAGAGAGAAGCAGCUAGAUGCUGCUCUGGUCUUCUUCUCAAGCAGGGUGGCUGCAGCUUCUGCAGCUCAGAGUCUACAUGCUCAAAUGGUUGACAAAUGGACAGUUACAGAGGCUCCUGAAUUUCGUCAAAUGAUAUGGACUAAUCUUAAAAUCAGUUUUUUUCAGAGGCAGGUGCGACAAUAUGUCAUCUACAUUGUUGUGGCCUUGACGAUAGUUUUCUUCAUGAUUCCAAUUGGAUUUAUUUCUGCUCUCACAACACUGGGAAAUUUGAAAAAAUAUCUACCAUUUUUAAAGCCAAUUGUGGAUAUAGCUGCAAUCAAGACAGUUUUGGAAGCUUACCUCCCUCAGCUUGCACUCAUUAUUUUUUUGGCUUUGCUGCCGAAGUUCCUUUAUUCUCUCUCCAAGGCUGAGGGAAUACCCUCUGAGAGUCAUGUAGUAAGAGCUGCUGCAGGGAAAUAUUUUUAUUUCAUAGUGUUAAAUGUUUUCAUUGGAGUGACAGUGGGUGGAACAUUGUUCACUACUUUCAAGUCCAUUAAGAAGGAUCCUGACUCUAUACCUGACUUACUAGCGGCUGGCCUGCCACUCAAUGCCACGUUCUUCCUGACCUUCGUGGCUUUGAGGUUCUUUGUUGGCUAUGGUCUUGAAUUGUCCAGAAUAGUUCCUCUAAUUAUAUUCCAUUUAAAGAGGAAGUAUCUUUGUAAGACUGAAGCUGAGGUGAAGGAAGCUUGGUACCCAGGAGAUCUUCGGUAUGGAACUAGGUUUCCUGGUGACAUGUUGAUCGUCACAAUUGUCCUCUGUUACUCUGUUAUAGCUCCUAUUAUUAUCCCAUUUGGUGUGGUUUACUUUGGUUUGGGUUGGUUAAUUCUUAGAAAUCAGGCACUGAAAGUUUAUGUUCCAGCUUAUGAAAGCUAUGGAAAGAUGUGGCCACACAUGCAUAAACGCAUCCUAGCAGCUCUGAUAAUAUACCAACUUACUAUGUUAGGUUACUUUGGGGUGAAGCAAUUCAUCUAUGCACCGCUCAUACUUCCAGCCGUCAUACUGUCCCUCAUAUUUGGCUAUGUCUGCAGUAAGAAAUUCUACCGAUCUUUCUGCGACACAGCUCUGGAAGUUGCUUGCCGCGAUUUAAAGGAAAUUCCUCAUAUGGAACAAGUUUUCAGAUCUUACAUCCAACCAAGCUUGAGUUCUGACAAGAUUGAAGAUGAUCACUUUGAAGAUGCCUUAUCACAAGUUUCAAGAUCAACGUCAUUUGUUUGAUGUACAUUCUCGUAUUUCCACAGGAUUUAUGUUGGUGUGUAUAAUCUGGUUAGCAAAACUUUUUGGAACUUAGCAUGUUUUUUUAUAUGUUAAGCAUUGGGAAUCAUGAUAUUGGGUUGUCUGUAAUAUAUUACUUUCAUUUGCACCAGUUGUGUGGAUUUAUUCUUAUUAUAGUACUGUUUAAUCUUUUA